GGGCUGAGAACGAAGCGUUCGAAUUGCCAUGCAUCCAACGGACGUUCCGAAGAAGGGUCAGGGCUCUUCUCCGAAGAAGGCACAAAUCCCUUCUCCGAGGAAAGCACAGGUCUCUUCUCCCAAGAAGGCGCAGCUCUCUUCUGCCUCCAAGGACCAGCCUCUGCUCACGCUACGAUUUCCCAAGAAAUUGUGGAAGAUCGUCAAUGAUUGCAAAUCGGGUGCCAUUUCCUGGUCCAAGGACGGCACGGCCAUAGCGAUUGACUACGCGAAGUUCCAGAUUGACUACCUGGACAAUCGCCUCGACAUCUUCAAGACUAAAAACAUCACGAGUUUUAUCAGACAGCUCAAUUUGUACGGAUUUCGGAAGGUCAGUCCUCACUACAGGGUCGCCGUGAACAACGAGAGCCCCGAUCUGCACAUUUUCCGGAACGACUCGUUUGUGAGAGGGCGGCCAGAUCUCCUGGAGGAAGUGACUCGCAAGACUGGGACACUGCGGUCCAAGGCACACAAGUACCAUGGUUGCUUGCACAAGGCACCCUUCCAACAAUUCUACAGCGGUAUCAUGCAAUACCAGCCCUUUUCGGGAGCCUUCAAGGACCAAGCCCCACGUUCCGGACAAGGGUGCUGCGACAUAUGCGCCGUCAGCAACGGGGGGACUUGCACCGAAUUGUCUGAAGGACGCCCGCAGUCUCGCAACAAGGUGCCGCGUCACAAACACGACGAGGAGAUGGCCAGCCUGGAGAGGUCAUCAUUCGCUCACGAGACUUCACUAAGCGCUGAACUACUGCAGCGUUGUAUGGACAAUACUUGUCAUUGUAGUCGUAUCAAGUGGGAGCGCACGUCCUUGUACUCACAAGACUCCACCAGUGACACGACUACCAGCGAUGACGAUUGCACAGCCAACGGCGUCCAUCAGGAAGGUUUUGAUGGCGACAAUCACACAUGUGCCCAACCUCUGCCGCCUCCAACCCCUGCCUCCACUCCGCCACGAGCAGGCUCCACAGCGGUGACCUGGACGCUAGAGUACUUUCCGGUGCCGCCGCCGCCACCACCACCACCGCCGCCGCGGCGGCGUCGUGCGCACGCUCUCAUCCACGCUGAUGCUACCAAGAAGCCCAAUGGCGACAUAAAAGCCCUGCUUGACCCCAACGAGUCACCCAAGGUAGUGCUGCGCCACCCAGGCCGUGAUGCUGAGCGCAUCCACACACCACCGAUCGAGGAUUCAUUCCUGCUUAAUGACCACGUCCGCGAGGCUGAAACACCAAACAACGGCAGCCUCUGCUACGUCUUCACAACCGAGGACGUGACCAUUGACGUGGUCGAGGCGGCCGCAGCGUACAUCCCCAGCCCUGCUGAAGCGGCAGCGGCUGCUGAAGCGGCAGCGACCGCAGCGGCUGCUGCUGCAGCUGCUGCGACUGCUGCGGCAGCUGCCGCAGCACGGCUUCAGAAUUCUAUUGUUUGCCAAAUGGGAGGAGCUGAGGUCCACUUCCCCAGCACUCUUCAAGACGAGCACCGGCAUGACCAGUGCCUGCUACUGCCUGUAACAUUGCCAUCUAACUUCUCUUUCGCAAGUGCUUGGUAAAAAACUAACAUUGCAUGCAACCUCUUCUGCCACAGCUCCGGGUAUUUUCCUAUUCCUAUUUUUUCUGGUUCGGUUGCUUACAUUUUUACAAACAUUUUACUUGGCCUUACUGUUGUGUGCUUUUGUAAACGCAGUUCAGUGUACACAGUUUGGGCAGCAAGUAACUAUUAUAACCACUAACAUAUGACAUCAUGAUUACCUUGACGUGAUUUUUAUACUAACUCCUAUACAUUGGGUUUCCGUAUUAUAUUUAUGUGCUCACAAAUUUUUACUAGAUGUGUCUCUACUUUUGUUCAUGCAUGCUGAUAACAAGUGGCAAUGUUUUCUUCGAACGUGUGUACUCCUUGUGGCAAUAAAGGUUGUGACC